CGGCGCAGCCAUGGCGGCCGCGGGCUGGCAGGCGCCGUGGCGGGCGCUGGGCGCGCUGGGCCGGGAGCUGGCGGCAGAGUGGGCGGCGCAGGACGUGCGGGCCGCGCUGUGCCAGCUGCUGCUGCUGUGGCUGGGCCUCAGCCUGCUCGGCGUCCGCCUGGCCUGGCGAGCCUACGGCGGGGCCGUGGCCGCGCUCUGCUACCGGACGGGGCCCGCCGGCCGCCGCUCCCCCGGCACCGGCCCCGGGCCCGCCCGGCCCCGCGCGCACUCCCUGUCCCCCGCCGGCCCGGCCGGACGCAACGGCGCCGCCGAACGGCACUGCCCGCCCCGGGAGGGCCUGGUGGCAGAGCCGGCGAAGACACACCGUGAGUGAGGAGCGUCAGGGCCAGCGGGCACUGCCCACCAUUAAAGUGCUGUGCCGCAUCCGCCACCCCUUGCUUUGGCACCCGCCGCUGUCACCAGAGAGGGGACCUGGAGAGUGAGGCAGGGGCGUUUAUUGGGGCCAGGGCACCGUGCCCGUGGUGAGCGCCGCCCUCACUUGGCCAUGUAGUACUGGGUGGGCACAAAGGGCAUCUUGGUGACGAG